AUGUUCAACAAUCUCCAGGCAUUUGCCGUUGCCCUCCUGGCAGGCUCUGUCGCGGCAAUUGAUCUCAAGACCAAUGAUGAGCAAUCUAUUAAGAAUGCGGCUGCGACUGCGGCAUUCAACACCAUGUCGACGUACACGUCCAACAUCACUGGCCACAUUCCGGGAAAGCUUGAUGGGACAUGGUGGCAGGGCGCUGCCUUAUUUCAGACAAUGAUCCAAUAUUGGUAUUUUACUGGUGACGCUUCCAACAAUCAAGCUGUGAGUCAAGGCAUGUAUUGGCAGCGUGGGGAUAACAACUACUUCCCUGCCAACUACAGCCAAUAUCUGGGCAAUGACGACCAAAUGGCGUGGGGUCUCGCUGCUAUGACCGCCGCAGAACUGGAAUACAUUGAGGAUUCCUCGAUGCCCUCGUGGUUGACUUUAGCCGAGGGCGUGUUUCAGGCCCAGAUUGCGCGAUGGGAUACUAGGAGCUGCAAUGGCGGCUUGCGCUGGCAGAUCUGGCCUUACCAGAUUGGGUACAAUACUAAGGAUGCUAUCAGCAACGGAGGAUUGUUCCAGCUCUCUGCGCGUCUGGCCCGAUAUACCAAAAAUCAGACCUACUCUGACUGGGCGGAGAAGAUAUGGGACUGGAGUGCUAGUGUUCCGAUUUUGAACACCGCCGAAUGGACGAUUGGCGAUGUGUUAGAUGUUGAAUCCGAUUGCAAGUCACACGGGGAUCUACAGUGGACUUAUAGCUAUGGAGCAUAUAUCAGUGGGGCUGCCUAUAUGUACAACGUGACAAAUGGGGAAACAUCCAAAUGGAAAUCAGGCCUCGAUGGUCUUCUCAACACAAGCUUCCACAAUUUCUUCCCAGAGAGGUACGGUGGCAAAAUCAUGGUAGAGAUCAGCUGCGAAGCUUCCGGAAUUUGCACCCGAGACCAAGAGGUUUUCAAGGGACUUUUUGCAUCUGACCUUGCGGUUGUCACGCGUAUGGCCCCCUAUACCACAUCCGAGAUCCUAGGAAGAUUGCAGGGAUCCGCUGUUGGAGCCGCGAGGCAAUGUACCGGUCGAGAGAAUGGAACUAUUUGCGGGCAACGGUGGUACCAGUCAAAAUGGGAUGGUACUACAGGUAUGGGGGCACAAAUGAGCGCUACCAGUCUCUUUACCUCGAACCUGGUUGCCUUCAAGCACAUGAAUAUGGCCACACAAAACACAUCGACAUCGACAUCGACUGCUCAAAAUUCUCAAAAUACGUCAAACACUCCCACUGAGACUCAAGGUGAAGCCACAAGCAGCACUGCUGAGGUUAAUCGAGGCAACCAACCCCUAAGAAGCCAGUUUGGAUCUGCUAUUGCUCUCGUCUUGUUAAUUUUUGGUCUAGUCUGA